AGAACCUUUUGGUUCUACUCCAAUCCGAGCUUCAUCCCUCAAUUUCCAGCAAUGUCUUUGAGGGUGGUUGUGGAUGUCUUUGGCAUCUUCAACUUCAAGUUGAGGAUGGACCCCAAGGAUUGUAUCCUUGAUGUCAAGCAGUUAGUGGAGCAGGGGACAGGGAUUUCACACACCAGCUUCAAGCUUCAGCACGGUCAACCCGGGAACUUUGACACGCCUGAUGUUGGCCAAAUGGUUGGCGAUUUUUCCUGCGCUGGUGAUGUCCGUCUUUUUGCGAGUUCUCCAACGAUUGACGCCUUGAAGGUUGCCAACCACAUCAAAGAACAGCAAGCAACUGCCAAGACACAGGGGGGCAUUGACAUCGACGGGCUCGCCAUCACCCCUGACUUUGUCUGUUUGACUUGUCAGAAAGAGGUCGAGGAAAAGCCUUCUAUCAACGAUGAUGCUCUCGUGGGAAAGGACUUUUCUGUGCUUGAUGUCCCUGCUUCAUCAUCCGAUAACCCCCGCUACCAGUCCAUCUUGGGUGAGAUUGAGAGGGCAGAGGCAGAGUUUUUGAGAAUGAAGAACGAGCACAAAGCCCGUGUGAAAGCAUUGGUGGAUGAAAGCCGUUCUGUCAGUGUCGGGCUUCGCGUCAGGUUCAUUUCUGGCAGGGAGAUUGAUGUGCAAACUUCCUUGAAAAAGACCGUCAAGAAGUUCAAGGAGGAAGACCUCUCCGAGCACAUCAACAAGGAUGUUGUUUUGGUGUUUGGGACGGAAAGGCUUCAGACCAACAGGCGCCUCUUUGCCUACGGCAUCCGUGAGGGCUCAGUGCUUGAAGUGGCAGUCUUCAAUCCCACGGUGGAGCACGACUUUCACUUGAAGGUGGCGUUUGUGGAGUUCAUUGUCAAUGAAGAUGGGGUGAGGACACCAACACCUGCAAACAGCCCCUACAGCGUGAAUGUCACGCCUACCACAACGGUCUUUCAGUUGAUUGGCACUGUGUUGGCUGGUUUGAGACAGUUUAACCUCUACCAAGAACACGACCGGCGCUUCCUUUACUUCUUGAACGGUCAUCUCCUCAACGCUGUGGUCUCUGGUGAAGACCAGAACGGCCUUGUCAAAGACUUUGCUGUGGGGAACGACCUUAUCGCGGUGAAUGUCUAUGACAAGAAUGACCGCGUCUACCGCAUUGCUGUGGGAGAGCCAGUCAAUGAUGAGAACAGCAGUUCUGAUGAGGAGGACUUUGAGGAGGUGUGGGGCGAAGGUGAUGACUUCACCUUCCUUGCUGACUACAACUUUGAUGUUGGAGAUGGCACCGGCUAUAUUGAGCCCAUCAACCGUGACGAGGCGGUGGAAGUGGUAAUUUACCCAAACACCAAGGACAAGAAUAUGCGUAUCAAACUGUUCUUCUUGCCCACGGCCACUGUGAAGCAGGUGAUGGACGAGAUUAACGACAUCACGAACAUUGAGACUGGCACCUUUGGCCUGUUCAACCCCAUCAAUGGCGAGAAGCUGUCUGAAGCCUCAUUGGUUUCAGAGUGCCCUUCCGAAAUGCUCAUCAAACUCAAGAUGAUGGGUGGAGGUUCACACAGAGACCUCCAAAAGGUGGCGCUGAAGUCCAAGAACCUGAAGGACAAGAUUGUGUCCAUCCGUGCUUCUUCUACAUCCACUGCUGGGGUCUUCCCUCAGGUGCUUCAGUUGGAGGAGAAGUUCAAGGAGUUGUAUGAGAUGGCAGAUGCAAAUGCCACAUUGGCUUUAGAGACCUUUGGCAAACGCUUGGAUGAGAACCAGUUGAGCGAGAUUGUGGCAGUCCUUGGGGGUGGCUCAUCGACAGACACCAAGAUGAAGGAGGUUGGGGAAAAAGUCUUUGCCGAGAGGUUGAGGGAGGUAAAGUCCAUAUGUUCCGGCUUGACCUCUACCAUUGAAAGUGCCUCAGUGGUGUUUCAGUGGGCUUUCAACCGCGCCAUUGAGCAGAACAAUGGCAACUAUGACCUUGGCAAAUUGAAGCUCCUUUUCGGAAGCAUUCACACCAAAAAGGUGGCAGUCCGUGAGGCGAAAUCCAGUGGCGACAUCAAUAUGGGAUGAGCCACUCUCCCAAAUGCGACGGUGCAGAACCCACAACCGCUCAAUACAGCCAUUUAGACUGCUCA